AUGGGCGACAGUGAUAGGGGAGGAGGAGUUGGGGGUGGUUACAGCCGAAAGUGGUGCAGGGGUGGGGUGGACAGGGAGAGAAGGAAGGACGGGAAGUGGGGUGGAGGAGGAGCUCCAUGUGAUGGUAGUUGGAGCAGCGGAGGGAGAGGUGAAAAUGAUAGUGGUGGUGGUGUUGGGUUGGAACAUGGCGGCGGCGCGCGAGAAGAGUGGCGGCGGCGACCAGACGGCGGCGGCGGCGGCGGCGGCGGCGGCGGCGGCGAUCACCGGCAGGCGGCAGGCGGCGAGGACCGGAAGGCGGCGGCGAGCACCGGCAGGCGGCGGCGAGGAGGGCCGGACGGCGAGCAGUAUGGACGGCAAGCAGACGACACGGCAAGGAAACGGCGGGAACCUUCCACGUCGAAGUUGCACCCUGAGAGUAGCCCAGGCAGUAGAACUUUUCGAUGA